ACUUUAGGUUUGCACUGUAUAUUGCUUGAAUGUAUGAUUGCAUACUGUGUUAACAUUUAAAAAUUUAUAAAUUGUACAUUUAAAAUAUUUUGUAACAUCUUCCUGCCAACUUCUCUUCAUUCAGAACACUCUGGUUAAAAUAGAUACUAUAAACAAAGAAGUGAAAGGGUAUAUUCUAUCAUGAGGGAUCAUUUUUAAUUGAGAAAUUUGCUUUUUAAAGAGAGUUUACCCACAUGGUAAUUUUAUGUGCCUCCAAACUAAGGUUCACGACACUAUUUCUGUUAAUAAACUGAAAUGCCUGCUAGUUCGUAUUCAAGAAUAGGAAGAAAUAGGCUCUAGGGGAUUUAUAUGUGCUUUGGCUACUUCACUUGAUCAGUGGAGAUGAUUAACUAUGAUCCAUGCAUUGGUUAGUCCACUUUUAUCAGGCUCUCUGAUAUCUUUUGUUGAUAGUUGCAGAGAUACAAAAUGGCAUCAUAUAUCAUGAAAUAAUAUUACUACUACUAAUAAUAAUAAUAUUGAUUUUCUUCUUUUCCCCAAUGUUUGUGUAGCCUCAAUGUAUAAAUGCUUUUGUAAACCUUAGUACAGAAAUAUCCAUAUUUCCAUUUUUCAGAAAUACUUGUGUUAAUAUUGAGCUGUAUUUACUUCCAGUCUCCUGUUGUGUGCCCCUCCCCCACCCCUAGUAUCUGAGUAUACAUAAUCUAUAAGUGUUAUAUGAAUCUGUAACUCUUGGUUAUUUUCUAAUGGAGACAUUUCCUUUAUUGUUUGUUAAUGACAUUGUUAGAUUUUAUGGUAACUAAAUGCUUCCAAGUUGUGACUGACUUUCUUUAAUGCUCUUUAUUGAGCUUUAACUCCCAACUAGAAAGUGUAUAGUAUUGUAUUUUUUUUUGUUCAUCAGUACUUAUUUUUUAUCAUGAAGAACAGGAAACAAUUGAUUACAUCACAGCAGAGCCCUAAUGCAGCAGUAAAGGGCAUUGAUAUUUUUUAAUAGGAUAUGCUUGCCUUAUAUACAUUACAGUAUGUUUACCAAUUCAAAUUUCUAUUUUUUUCUUACUAAUUUAAAUUUCUAGAAAGUAAUUUGGUUUCAGAAAAUAAAAGCACUUUAGUAUUACUUUCUGAGAUUAAUUUUAUACAUCUGUAUUCCUUUGCAUUGAUUGAGUUCCUGCUUUAUGUUCAUGUGAUAUUCUAGACCCAUAUAUUUCAUAGAUUAUAGGAAUUACAGAUGGCUUUUUGUUCAUGUAGUGGUAUUCAUAGAAGUAGGUGAGUAAUAGGAGUCAAUGAAUGUUUGUAGAUUGUGAAUGAAUGACUUCUCUAAACCUACCAAUGUAGUAGGAAAAAAUGAGGGAAUUUGGAUUGCUGUUAGAAGAAGAAAAGAAAGUACAAGUUCAUUGAUCUAGUAAAAUAAUUUUAUAAUUGUUUUAACUAAGACUUUUUAAAGUAAUCGAUUACAUAAAGAUUCUUCUUUACUAUUAACAGUUGUUUUAAACUAUUUUAAUUAAUAAUGGUAAUACUGAAAUUUCAGAACAAUGAAACAGUGUGGCUACCACGUUGUUUUGAAACAGGAUUUAAAAACUUAUAAAAUUUUAUAAGAUAAAAUAAAACUUAACAAUGUCCAAAGAAUUUCCCAAAAAAGAAAAUGACAGAUACUUAUUUAUUUUUGUUGAAACAGGUAAAAAUCUAACAUAUUCUCUGAAGGUUUUUGAUGAACCUAUACUUUAAAACCAAUCUAAGAAGACUUCUUAAGUUCAGAAUGGAUCCAGCUUUGAGUCAGAUGAUCGCAAAGUUCAGAGUCCUUGAUAGCAUCUUCAUAGGAACUGAGAAAAUGGGGAUUGUUUUGACUUCUAAAAUUUAGAAGAGCUUGUAUCUGCUUCUGAAAUAAAAACAAAACAAAACUGGCCUGGUAUUAUAUGAGUAGGUGGGUGUGAUACUUCAGACUGGUUGUGAUAUGUGCAUUUUUUUUCCCCUUUGUUGUUGUCAAUAGAAAAGAUUGAUCUCUGGACUGGUGAACAUAAUCUCUGUCCCAGUCAGAAAAGGAGAGAGGAAAUUAGCAGAGCGGUUGGUGGAGAAUGAUAUCUGUCAAAAGAAACACUUGGAGAGCACUGAGUGUAGUAAUAGGUGACUGCCGGAGAAAAGGGAACUUUGAAUAUUGUCAAGAUCGUACUGAGAAGCACUCCACAAUGCCAGACUCACCUGUGGAUGUGAAGACGCAAUCUAGGCUGACUCCUCCAACCAUGCCACCGCCCCCAACCACUCAAGGAGCUCCAAGAACCAGCUCGUUUACGCCAACAACAUUAACUAAUGGCACAAGCCAUUCGCCUACAGCCUUGAAUGGCGCCCCCUCGCCGCCCAAUGGCUUUAGCAACGGGCCUUCCUCUUCCUCCUCCUCUUCUCUGGCUAAUCAACAACUGCCCCCAGCCUGUGGUGCCAGGCAACUCAGCAAGCUGAAACGGUUCCUCACUACCCUGCAGCAGUUUGGAAAUGACAUCUCACCAGAGAUUGGAGAAAGAGUCCGCACCCUUGUGCUAGGACUAGUGAACUCUACUUUGACAAUUGAAGAAUUUCAUUCCAAACUGCAAGAAGCUACUAACUUCCCACUGCGACCUUUUGUCAUCCCAUUUUUGAAGGCCAACCUGCCCCUGCUGCAGCGCGAGCUCCUCCACUGCGCAAGGCUGGCCAAACAGAACCCUGCCCAGUACCUCGCCCAGCACGAACAGCUGCUUCUGGAUGCCAGCACCACCUCCCCUGUUGACUCCUCAGAGCUGCUUCUCGAUGUGAACGAAAACGGGAAGAGGCGAACUCCAGACAGAACCAAAGAAAAUGGCUUUGACAGAGAGCCUUUGCACUCAGAACAUCCAAGCAAGCGACCAUGCACUAUUAGCCCAGGCCAGCGGUACAGUCCAAAUAACGGCUUAUCCUACCAGCCAAAUGGCCUGCCUCACCCCACCCCACCUCCACCUCAGCAUUACCGUUUGGAUGAUAUGGCCAUUGCCCACCACUACAGGGACUCCUAUCGACACCCCAGCCACAGGGACCUCAGGGACAGAAACAGACCUAUGGGGUUGCAUGGCACACGUCAAGAAGAAAUGAUUGAUCACAGACUAACAGACAGAGAAUGGGCAGAAGAAUGGAAACAUCUUGACCAUCUGUUAAACUGCAUAAUGGACAUGGUAGAAAAAACAAGGCGGUCACUCACUGUACUAAGGCGAUGUCAGGAAGCGGACCGGGAAGAAUUGAAUUACUGGAUCCGGCGGUACAGUGAUGCUGAGGACUUGAAAAAAGGCGGCAGCAGUAGCAGCAGCCACUCCAGGCAGCAGAGUCCUGUCAACCCUGACCCAGUGGCAUUAGAUGCGCAUCGGGAAUUCCUUCACAGGCCUGCAUCUGGAUAUGUGCCAGAGGAGAUCUGGAAGAAAGCUGAGGAGGCCGUCAAUGAGGUGAAGCGCCAGGCGAUGACCGAGCUGCAGAAGGCCGUGUCUGAGGCUGAGCGGAAAGCCCAUGACAUGAUCACGACGGAGCGAGCCAAGAUGGAGCGCACGGUGGCAGAAGCCAAGCGGCAGGCGGCAGAGGACGCACUGGCGGUUAUCAAUCAGCAGGAGGAUUCGAGUGAGAGUUGCUGGAAUUGUGGCCGUAAAGCAAGUGAAACCUGCAGUGGCUGUAACACAGCCCGAUACUGUGGCUCCUUUUGCCAGCACAAAGACUGGGAAAAGCACCACCACAUCUGUGGACAGACCCUGCAGGCCCCGCAGCAAGGGGACACGCCGGCAGUCAGCUCCUCUGUCACACCCAGCAGCGGGGCCGGGAGCCCGAUGGACACACCACCAGCAGCCACUCCGAGGUCCACCACCCCGGGGACCCCUUCCACCAUAGAGACAACCCCUCGCUAGACACGGACUCAGAACUGUCCGAGGAAAGACAACACAACCAACGUGAAACCAAUUCCUCGUCCUCAGAUGCUCAAAGUCGUUUUUCUGUUUGUUUGUUUAGAGAUGAACUAUCCUAUUUCAGUACUUCAGCAAGAGAGAACCUAACUGUUAUCUUGAGGCGGUAGUAAAACACAGAGGGCCAGUAACGGGUCGUAAUGACUUAUUGUGGAUAACAAAGAUAUCUUUUCUUUAGAGAACUGAAAAGAGAGCAGAGAAUAUAACAUGAAUACUAGAUUUGACCUCCUCCCUGUUAUUUUCAAGUAGCUGGGAUUUUAAACUAGAUGACCUCAUUAACCGAUGCUUUACCAAACAGCAAACCAAGAGAUUGCUAAUUGCUGUUGAAAGCAAAAAUGCUAAUAUUAAAAGUCACAAUGUUCUUUAUAUACAAUAAUGGAAAAAAAAAAAAAGAGGAAACCCCUCAAGGGCAUGAGCAUUGGAUACAGCAGUAGACAUUUUAACAAGAAGAUGAAUGGCGUCCGUGGGUUGCUAACUGAACUUUGAAGACCCGCUACAAAACGCGCAGAUGUGCAGCAGAUUGGAAGGAGACACAGAUGUUCGGUUUUUUUUCCUGUUUCUGAAAAGAAAUAAUAUCCAGGUCAACAGAAUGAAAAAUGAAAGAUGAUUUGCAGUGGGAUGUAUGAAUACAGCAGCAAGAAAAAAAAUGCCAUAAUACAAAGGCUCCUUUUUAUAUAUAUAUAUACAAACACCACACACACACACACACACACACACACACAAAAGAGACUCAGCCUGCAAUUAAUUAGCAUUCUGGCAGCUUUGACAUCAGCCAGCUGCCCUAAAUAACCCUUCAACGUUUCUUCACUUUUGCAAGGUUCCACAGAGUAAGACAUUGGGUCUAUUCCAGCUCAUUCAUUUUAUAUUGAAAAAUAAUUUUAAAAAAAAUGGUGGCUCCAGCUCCAGCCCCUUUCCAAAAUUUUUCAUCCCCACCCUAUUUGGAUUUUUAAUUAAAAACUAGUAGUUCUCUUGGUGUUAAAACACUUCUGUCCUGUGAGGUUUCCCAAUGGUGUUUUUCUUGUAAAUGUGUUGGACAAAUGUGAAGAUGCAUUGUAGUUUAUCCAUAUG